AUGUGUGUAGUAUCCUACAUUCAUUUGUAUAUACAUAGUUGUGUAUACUUGUGUAUCUUGUGUUUAUUGUAUACGAUGGAUUUGAAGCAUCGAGUUUUCGAGAACGAAUAACGACGAGUGUUUCCAUUUACUCGUUCCCGUUUGCGAAGUACCAAUAAACAAAAGUGUGUAACGACAAACGUGAACUUAACGUCAACGUAAAUUCAAAUAAUCUUGUUUAACAAAGUUCACGACAAUGAUCAUACCUGUACGAUGUUUUACAUGCGGGAAAGUGAUCGGUAAUAAAUGGGAAGCUUAUCUUGGAUUACUACAAGCAGAAUAUACGGAAGGAGAUGCUCUCGACGCAUUGGGAUUAAAACGAUAUUGCUGUCGCAGAAUGCUUCUUGGACACGUGGAUUUGAUUGAGAAACUUUUGAAUUAUGCACCAUUAGAAAAAUAAACACCAUGUGAAAUCUUUAUUUCGACAAUUCAUCUUGUAUAUUGGUCUGUAUAUCACAGAAUUACAUAAAUUAAUUAAAUAAAUUUUCAUGAUUCCAAAGCAAAAUACACAUGUACAUACUUCUAUUAUAUUAAAAUGUAUCAUUAAAGUUUAAAAAUGUUAUUUUCACCUCACAAUUACAGCAUUUACUGAAUUGUACAUACAUGUAGAAUGGGAAAGAAUUAAAAUCAACCAAUUAUAAUGUAAAA